AAUUCCUUUUCCUUUUUUAUCACACUUAUUAAAAAUAUAAGUUUUUGCUUUCUGUAAUACGUUUAAAUGUUAACCUACAUAGAUGUCCACUUAUUUUAUACACUUCCGGUUAUUGGCGUAUUGUCAUUAAUCGCCCAACCAUUUCUUAACCGCUCAGAAGUAUUUAAAAUUACAUUAUUAAGUACCAUAGCUUUUGUGUAUACAACACCAUGGGACAAUUAUGUCAUUCACAACCAAGGCUGGUCAUAUCCACCCGAAAAAAUCUUAGGUUUUAUUGGAUAUAUACCUAUUGAAGAAUAUAUGUUUUUUAUUUUACAAACCGUUCUGACAUCGCUGUGGGCUUUGCUCUGUGUCCGAUGGUCAACUCCAUGUUUAAAUUUCAACUAUGACAAAUACAGCUACCAAUUGAUUCGAUGGAUACCGAUUGCGUUUUUGGCCAUAGCCACGAUCGUAGGUUAUAUAAUUACCAUCCCCGGACAAGCAACGUUUUACUUGGGAUGUAUACUAUGGUGGGUAUCUCCGGUGGUUAUAUUCAUGUGGUAUGGAGCAGGAAAUUUUUUUGUGAAAAAAAUAAUACCGUGUUCUUUUGCGAUCGUGGUUCCUACGUUGUACCUGUGUUGGGUUGAUCGAAUGGCCCUCAAGGAAAACAUUUGGCAUAUUGGUGAAAAUACAAUGCUAAAUAUAUUUGUUAUCGAAGACUUGCCGUUAGAAGAAGCAUUAUUUUUCUUCAUAUCAAACGUUAUUAUUGUCUUGGGAGGCACUAGUUUCGAUAAAGCCAGAGGUAUAAUAGAAACGUACACAUUGGAGUAUCAACAACGAUUUAGUUUUAGUUGGACAUAUUUUCGCCAAUUAUUCUGGGCAUUCAUGGCAUCAGAAUAUAAUAUGCCACAAAUCGUGACGAAAGAUAUAAAAAAAAGUAUUGAGAUUAUUAAAGCCGCUUCAAAAUCAUUCACCAUUGCCAGUUUUCUUUUUCAAUCCGGCAUUCGAUUGGAUUUAAUAAUUUUGUACUCAUUCUGUCGUGUAACGGAUAAUAUGAUUGAUAACGAGUUGGAUGUUGAAAAGAAAAAACGAAAGUUUGAAUUGACCAAAAAUUUUAUCAACGAUUUAUUUUUUGAAAGAAAAUCAGAUUAUGAUGUUAGAAUAAAACCACAAAAAUUGAAUAUCAAUUGGACAAAAUAUGAAUCCGAAUUAACUGACGUGGAGAUGUCAUGUUUUCGUGCAUUAUCAAGAAUCGCAUUUUAUUUGCCCCGUAAACCUUUUGAAGAGUUACUCACAGGUUAUAAAUGGGAUAUUGAAGGUAGAUUAAUUAGAAAUGAAGAUGAUUUAUUGUUAUACUCCACCUAUGUGGCCGGAAGUGUCGGUGUAUUAUGUGUUUAUGUGACGAUGUACAGGUGCGAUAAUGAUAAGUUUGAACUUGUUGAAAACUACGAUUAUGUCAUAAAAAAAGCAUAUCAAAUGGGACAAGUUUUACAACUUGUGAAUAUUGCCCGUGAUAUCGUCACUGACAGCGAAACAUUGGGUCGGUGCUAUAUACCCACCGAUUAUAUGGACGACGAAGACGAAGAAGUAAGAAUCUUAUGCCAAGAAAAGAAACCUAGGUCUCUAGGCGAUAAUAAGUUAAAAAAAUACUCCAUGCGGAUGAUCUACCUAGCCAGCAAAUACCAAUCAGAAUCGGUGAACGCUAUCAAGUGUUUGCCACGGGAAACAAGAGGUUCGGUUUUAGCAACCACUGAUAUUUAUCAAGGGCUUGUUUUUGCUAUCCUGUCUAGUCCAACUUAUCCUACUAGAGCUUCUCUGUCAAAAUGGAAUAAAAUUGUAAUUGGACUUUAUUCCUUAUAUAUUAAAAGCAUUUAGUACGUUGUAUAAUUUGAUUUAAAUGAAUUCUGUAUAACCAUAUUUUCAUAAUUCAUGUUGAGUAAUGGUAAAUUGCAACAAUUGAUGUUGUGAGAACAUACAUUAUUGUCACUUUUUUUAAAUAUAAACAUCAUCAUUAUGUGAUAUAUGGAAUGCCGAGUUAUAUGUUUCGACUAUGAAAACAAUUAGCCCUUUAAAACUAUUUUUUACUAGCCGUUAAGCGUUAAGUUUGUCAUGUCCUGAAUAUUAUAAUAGUGUUUUUUUUUUGAGCGAGAUAUUAAUUAAUAUAUUCUAAAACAUGUUGCCCUUGAAUUAGUCAUUAAAUAAUAAUGUAGAGAAAUAAGGAAACUCUAAACUAUUACUAUGAUAGUGUUGAUCGUGCUUCCGCCGUACUCAUCGGAUGUCAGCUCUAUAUACAGCUAUCACAGACAUGAUAGUACCUACCCAUCUUUAUUUAUAAUGUGGUCGUUAGUUAAAAUUUUAACAUCUUCGAAAUCUCGUUUUGUAGUUCAUAUAGAAUUAAUUGUCACUUAGCUAUUAAAAUACCAAUAUUGAAACUCUGUAUUCCAUAUACCGUUAGAUGAACAGUAAAGUAUAAUAAAUAAUAAUAUACCCGCAAACGUUUCAAGUCUCUUCAAAUAAUAUUUUUAUU